GUUUCUUCCUUCUUUCAGUUCAUUAUCGGACACGCGCUUAGUUUCGUGCUCAAGAGCGCGAUCGCCACUCGAGUUUCACCGAUUUUCACCGAUUUUUUAAAUAUAUUCAACGAUAUUCGUCCGUCUUCGUUCGUAGCGCUAUCCCGCGGAUUAGCUUCGUCAAGUUUUUAUGGGAAUAAGUGUAGGAUCGAGUUGAACGCCUUUAUAUUUGGAUGAUUGUUGAGAAAAAACGAGGCGAAAAGGUGGUGAAAGAAGUGAAAAAACCAGGAUGCUUCACCGAAGAACAUUCGUAAUCGGUAUCGCAACGAUAAUUGGAACAAUAAUAAUAAUAAUCGAGGAUUCGAACGCCUGUAAUGAAGCGAUAUGUGCAAGUGUCGUGAGCAAAUGCAUGCUGACACAGAACUGUAAAUGCGAUUUACCCAAAUGCACGUGCUGCAAAGAAUGUUAUUCGUGCCUGAGCUAUCUUUACGACGAGUGUUGCUCCUGCGUCGAUUUGUGUCCGAAGCCCAACAUCACGGACGAUCCGCUGAGCAAAAAGUCUCACGUCGAAGACUUCGGUGAGUCGAUGCCGGUAUUAUUUCGUGCUUUAACGACCGAGCCCGACGAACACGAGAGAUGGAUCACCUUUACGUAUCCCGUUGAUUUCGAUAUAUCUCAAUUUCAGCCGAAGCACGAGAAAGAAAUUGAAUAUCGUAUGCAAACGGUUAAGGAUGAAGUGCAUCAUCCCCUGAAACCGAAUGUUAUGACGGUCAAUUGCACGGUCGCGUUUAUGGCUCAGUGCAAUUCGUGGAACAAAUGCAAAAAUUCGUGCCAAUCGAUGGGAGCUACGUCUUAUCGAUGGUUCCACGACGGAUGUUGCGAGUGUAUCGGCGAUACGUGCAUCAAUUAUGGAAUUAACGAAUCUCGAUGUAUUCACUGUCCCCUCGACAAAGAAGAGGACGACGAGCUCAAAGAUAAAUACGACGAUUACGGACAGGAGAUCGAUGAAUUGACGGAGGAGGAUUGAGUCGAGUCGCAAAACCUCCCUACUCGGCUCUUAUUUUCUAUCGAUAUCAUAUUUUUUUCUUAUACUCUUACUCGACGGAGCAGCCGGCUCAUCCCGCAAAUACAAACAAAAUAUACUUUUGUCACAUUCGUCGCAAUGAUUUUGCUGGUUGACUCGGAUCAUCGCGUAUACUAUCCCAUACAACAAUACAUAUACAAUAUAGUGUGCCAUAAGAGUUAUUAAAUUUGUAAAUAUUAUUUUUUUAUUGAUAAAUAAAUAGCAGAUGAGUCGCAACAA